AUGUCGAACAAUAGACCUCUCGCUUCGCCUCGGCCACGAGGCAUUCUCAAAAAUGCUUCCCACCACCGAGACUCUUACGAUUCCAGGCCGAGCGCUUCCUUGGACAUACAGAAAGAGCAGGAAGACCAGGAUGAAACUUCCCCCUUGAUACGCCCACGCUCCGAGAGCCUUGAAUCUCCUCUCACCAUCUCUUCCAUGCCCUCGCCUGAGAACUCGGAGAACUGGGAUAAUGUCAACACCGAAGAAACAAAGAGCCAAUGGUACCUGGUCCUCUUGACUCUGUCAAUUGGUGGCCUCCAAAUUGCCUGGUCUGUUGAGCUCUCCAAUGGCUCGCCAUAUCUCCUCAGCUUAGGCAUCAGCAAAUCUCUUCUCGCCUUCGUCUGGAUCGCUGGCCCAUUGUCUGGUACACUGGUCCAGCCUUAUGUCGGAAUCAAGAGUGAUAGAUGCCGCUCGCCAUGGGGAAAGAGACGUCCCUUCAUCGUAGGGGGUGCUCUUGCAACCAUCAUAUCUCUCGUUCUGCUAGCAUGGACCAAGGAGAUUGUACGAAACUUCUUUGGUCUCUUCAAAGUCGAUGCCGAGUCCGAAACUGUUCACGUCGUUUCGAUCGUGUGGGCCGUCAGCUUCAUCUACAUUCUCGAUUUCUCCAUCAACACCAUCCAAGCUGCGAUUCGCGCUUUCAUAGUAGACAAUGCGCCGACCCAUCAGCAAAAUGAUGCUAAUGCAUGGGCUUCUCGUAUGUCCGGCUUUGGCAAUAUUCUAGGUUAUCUUUCGGGCUACGUCAAUCUGCCAAAGUAUCUUGGCUUCUUUGGAAACACGCAAUUCAAGGUCCUCUGUGUCAUCGCAGUUUUGGCCUUGGGCAUCACGGUUGGAAUUUCCUGCGUCAGCAUCAAGGAGCGAGACCCUAGGCUCGAGGGCACUCCGCCACCACAGAAGGGAGGCGUCUUGUCCUUCUUUGUGGAACUAUACCGCUCUAUGAAGCGUCUACCUCCGCAAGUCCGAAAAGUUUGUGCUGUUCAAUUCUUCGCCUGGAUCGGCUGGUUCCCCUUCCUCUUCUACAUCACUACCUACAUUGGCGAGAUCUAUGUUGAGCCUUACUUUGCUGAGAACCCGCACAUGUCGCCCAAGGAGAUUGAUGCCACCUGGGAGCGUGCAACUCGUAUUGGCACUUUUGCAUUAUUGAUCUUCGCCUUCACGAACCUGGCUGCUGCAGUAGUUCUGCCCUUGUUGAUUGCUCCUGGUUUUCAGCCACCAUCCCCUGCUCCUCAAACCCCACUCACACCCCGCGCUUUUACCCCUACUACGCCUCGAUCCAUGACUGGCAGCGAUUACUUUGCCUACACGCCGCAACACUCUACAAGCAAGCUCAACCUGUCAGAGCCCAGCCGUUGGGAGCGAAUCAAGAGCAGCAUGCCCUCUGUUCAGAUGAGUGCUUUCACGCUUCGCCGUGCCUGGAUUCUGUCGCAUCUGUUGUUUGCUGGUGCUACCUUCUUGACCUUCUUCGUCCAUGACACAACUACUGCUACUGUGCUUGUUGCCUUUAUCGGUAUCCCAUGGGCGCUGAGCAACUGGGCUCCUUUUGCGCUUAUCGCCGCUGAAAUCUCGAAGCGAGAAGCUAUUCGUCGUAACGAAAUUCCUGCUCCGGCCACUGCUGAGGGCCAAGCUCUGGCCAAUGGAGAAGAUCCGGCCGAGGGUGCAGAUCAAGCUGGAGUCAUCCUUGGUAUCCACAAUGUCGCUAUCGCUGCACCUCAGGUCAUUGCAACGCUUGUAUCAAGCGCCAUCUUCAAGCUACUGCAAAAGCCUCGUGGCACGCCCGGCGACGACAGUGUUGCCUGGGUUUUGAGAUUCGGUGGUCUUGCCGCGCUUGUCGCUGCUUUCUUGACCACACGUAUCGCAGAAGAAGGCCAGGAGGACGAAGAGCUGUAG